CAUUUAUGUCGUUGAAAGUUGAUUGCCUCUAUGAAGCAAAGCUCCGAUCCUUAGGCAUGGAAAGAGGGUAGAAAUUCAUUGUAAGUUCACAAAAAUGCCUUCUUUUACUCAAAAUGCAUCAUAAGCAUCUGAGUCCAGCACUCAGAAAUCAUUCACAUUUUGCUUUUUUGGGCUCCAAAUCCAUCCACACAAACACCCCAAACCCAAUAAAACCGUUUGGUUUCUUCCCGAACACUCAGGAGACUCUAGCCGCCAAGCUUGCUUCUAUCUUGCAAGUUUGUACUGGACACUCCGUGCUUAAACAAGGCCAACAAGUUCAUGCCCAGAUCACAGUGAAUGGACUUGGGAAUAAAGAUUGCCCGCUGGGUUCAAGGGUUUUGGGCGUCUAUGUUAUUUGUGGUAGCUUCAGAGAUGCCAAGAACUUGUUUUCUCAGCUUGAUUUGCUGCGUGCUUCGCCUUGGAAUUGGAUGAUUAGAGGGUUGACCAUCGUGGGUUGGUUUCGUUUUGCUUUGUUGUUUUACUUCAAGAUGUUGAGUUUUGGAUCUUUUCCAGAUAAAUAUACUUUUCCUUUUGUGAUCAAAGCUUGUGGUGCUCUGAAUGCUGUCCAGUUGGGAAAAUAUAUUCGCGAAACGAUUCGGUUGAUGGGUUUUGAGACGGACGUGUUUGUGGGCAGUGCUUUGAUCAAGUUCUACGCUGAGAAUGGCUGUAUCCAUGAUGCUCGCUUCUUGUUUGAUAAAAUGCCUCAGAGAGAUGGCGUUUUGUGGAACGUGAUGCUUAAUGGUUGUGUGAAAAGCGGGGACUCGGAUCGUGUUAUCGGUUUGUUUAGGGAAAUGAGAGCCACUGAAAUUCGGCCUAAUUCGGUAACAUGUGCCUGUGUGCUCUCUGUCUGUGCCUCCGAAGGAAUGGUUAAAGUUGGUGCCCAGCUUCAUGGGCUUGUUGUUAGGUGUGGGCAUGACACGGACUCACCAGUGACGAACACAUUGAUUACAAUGUAUGCCAAAUGCCGUUGGUUAUCUGAUGCUCGUGCUCUGUUUGAUGCUACACCACAAACAGAGACAGUGUCUUGGAAUGGGUUGAUUGGAGGAUAUGUCCAAAACGGGUUCAUGUUCGAGGCUACAGAUUUGUUUCGUGAGAUGAUAUGUGCUGGCGUCAAACCAGAUUCGAUAACUUUUACAAGCAUUCUUCCUUCAAUUUCUGAAUCCACAAAUUUGAAUCUAGGUAAGGAGGCUCACGGUUAUAUUGUAAGACACGGUGUGCCUUUGGAUGUAUUUCUGAAGAGUGCUCUCAUUGAUGUAUAUUUCAAGUGCAGGGACGUGCAUUUGGCGCAGAAUCUUUUCAACCACAACACUGCAAUAGAUAUUGUUAUUUGCACAGCCAUGAUUUCAGGAUAUGUACUUAAUGGGAUGAACGCUGAAGCUUUAGAGGUUUUCCAGUGGUUGCUUCAUGUGGGAAUGAGGCCCAAUGCAGUUACUUUGGCAAGCAUUUUACCAGCUUGUGCUGGUUUUGCUGCUCUAAGACUGGGUAAGGAAUUGCAUGGUUAUAUCCUCAAGAAUGGACUGGAAGAAAGGUGUUAUGUGGGAAGCGCAGUCUUGGAUAUGUAUGCAAAGUGCGGAAGACUGGAUCAGGCUUGUAGGGUUUUUCCAAGAAUGCCUGAAAAAGAUUCUGUUUGUUGGAAUUCAAUGAUAACAAGCUGUUCCCAAGGUGGCAAACCAGACGAAGCUAUUCAACUUUUCCGACAAAUGGGUAUGGAAGGAGCCAAAUAUGACUGUGUAAGCAUAUCAGCUGCUCUUUCUGCUUGUGCAAAUUUACCAGCACUUAACUAUGGAAAAGAGAUUCACGGUUUCAUGGUGAAAGGUGAAUUAACUGUUGAUCUUUUUGCUCAAAGUGCACUUAUAGACAUGUAUGCCAAAUGUGGAAACUUGGAUUUGGCACGCCGUGUUUUUGACACAAUGAGAGGGAAGAAUGAAGUUUCAUGGAACAGCAUAAUUGCUGCUUAUGGGAAUCAUGGCCGCCUCAAUGUUUCUCUUGAGCUAUUCCAUGCCAUGUUGGAAGAAGGAUUUCGGCCUGAUCAUGUUACCUUUCUUGCUAUAAUAUCUGCUUGUGGCCAUGCAGGCCAAGUUGAUGAAGGAAAGUUCUACUUCCAGUGCAUGACCCAGGAACAUGGGAUCCCAGCUCGGAUGGAGCAUUACGCAUGCAUGGUUGAUUUGUUUGCUAGAGCCGGUCGUUUAAAAGAAGCAUUUGAAAUCACAAGGAGCAUGCCUUUUGGUCCAGAUGCUGGUGUCUGGGGGACCCUGCUUGGAGCCUGUCGGGUACAUGGCAACGUUGAGCUCGCUGAACUGGCCUCGAAACACCUUUUCGAGUUGGACCCACAAAAUUCUGGUUACUAUGUAAUACUAUCUAAUCUACAAGCCGAGGCUGGAAAGUGGGAGGGUGUACUCAAAACAAGAAGCAUGAUGAAAGAAAGAAGAGUGCAGAAAGUACCCGGUUGUAGCUGGAUUGAGCUGAACAAUGGAAUCCAUAUGUUUGUUGCUGCGGACACAAGCCAUCAGCAAUCUGCUGAGAUCUUUCUAUUGUUGAGGAAUCUUCUUCUGGAGCUGAGAAGAGAGGGUUAUGUUGCUAAAAUUUCCAUGCCAAUGCACCUGCAAAACCAUCAGGCACUAUCAACAACAAAUGGGGAUUGUUUCUGAGCUUUCCCAGUGAUGUUUAGGACUUCAAAAAGGGCUUGGCCGGUGAAACAAGGUAUCUGGCAACUAAUAUAAUUAAUUUCUUUGCCCUUCCAAAAGGGAUUCUUUGCUGUUGAUAUAGGAUAAGCAGAGUAUCUGGCAUUCAAAAUAGAUUGAAGUAGGAUUCUCCUGAUUCGAGUGUCAAGACCUUAGGUUUCAAAUCUAGAAUUUCUAGUUGGUAAUGAAAAGACAGAGAGAGAGAGAGAGAGAGAGAGAAUGCAGGGAGAAAAUAGAGAAAAGAAUAGAAGAAAACAGAGAAUAAAUUGAGAGAAAAUGAGAGAAUUUCAAUUAAUUUUUUGAUAAUAUAUCUAAGUGGCAUAGCUUUAUAUAUGGCUAUGGCUAUCCACAACAGUUAUUUAUAGCAGUUUUGAUGUUUUAUAGCAGUUAUUUGAUUAUAUUGUUAAUAAAUUCUGCUAAUAAUUGUAAUUGUAAAAUAAAACUUCAACUGUUGCUUUCUGC